AUGUCAGCCGAGCAGUCAAAUCGUAUCCAGUUACCGGGGUAUAAUCUACCACUGAAUUAUAGACCGGAUAGUGGCCAGCGUUUCGGGCGUACUCUUUUCCCAAAUGCCUUGGAUUAUGGCGACAUUGAGUAUGGCUCGGUUGACCGUAUCAAUGUACACAGGGAGAUAUUGAUGAUGCGUGUAAUGAACACUAUCACCGACAAACCCGAAUGGGACAAAAAGGUCUUCGAUGAAACCAUUACUGCCAAAUGGCGGGAAGAGAUCGCCCAAAGCGGCCAGGAUGUAACCCCCAAAAUGAUGGAUUAUAUCAUAAAAGAGCUGCAGUGGAAAACGGAGAAUUUCCAGAAAACAGGCUUACUCAGCGCAUAUGACGCUGGUGUGGUGAAAUCCGACACUGCCAUUCCCGAGGACCUGAAACAGGCGUUGAAAGAUUCGGUGGCCCCUUUUGAACAGGUUCCGGAGGAUCAGAAAGACUAUCACCCUGGUUCCGAUAUGAAGGUGGUUGAUUUGGUGCACCCCUCCCUCUUCCCUGUUGUUUAUGGCCGUACGCGAAUCCUUCCGGACAGAGUCAUCGGUCUUGAUGACUGUCUGGGGAGUGUAGGACAGGGAGACUUGCUUCCAGUUCCCCCAGAAGGAGAAGCCCAAAUUGAGGGGUAUGGCGCGAGUGCAUACGGGUGGCGGAGGUGGGAGACUGAGGCUCUGAGACCAUUCAGUCGAAAGUUUCAAUGGCUUCCUUGCGACGUGAAAUUUACUGGUCAGAAUGAUGAAUGUCGCAUUAUUUCAUAUAUCAAUAAUGUCCACCCUUCGGAACAUCAAAAUCUCUACCAGGCCGUGGAGAAGAUCAUCUCACGGGCAAUUCCUCUUUGGAACAGGACUUUGACUCACGUGCAGGAACGACGGCAUUCACGUAUAGUCUACGAUAGCGUUGAUUAUCACCCAGGUUCUACGCAAGAGCCGAAUUAUGAUGAUUAUAGUGACGACGAAGAAUUUGACCGGAAGUAUCAGGAGUGGCAAAGUGCACAACAAAUAGUACUCCCCGAACCAGGGGAGUUCACACCUCCUAACACAACCGAGAAGACAGACUUACGGGAACAGUUCCACAAAUCAGGGCUGCAGAUCAUCGUGAAGCUGGCUAACAUUGAACUGACCCCGGAGAAGCCAGAGUACGGAGGCGGCACCUGGCAUGUUGAAGGACAAUUAAAUGAACGCAUCUGCGCAACGGCCAUCUACUACUAUGACAGUGAGAAUAUCACCCAGAGUACACUUGCUUUCCGUCAGCGCGCAGAUAAGGAUGAGCUAUCAGAAAUUUCCUAUGAGCAGGACCGCCAUGAAUUCAUACAUCAGGUCUAUGGCUUCGAACCCGAAGUCAGUUCCCGCGACGAGACGCAGAUCACCCAGGAUCUUGGCAGCGUGGUUUGCCAGGAAGGCCGACUACUUACGUUCCCCAACAUCCUCCAGCACCGAGUCUCUCCGUUUUCGUUGACAGAUCGGUCCAAAUCAGGCCACCGCAAAAUCUUAGCCCUGUUCCUUGUGGAUCCUCAUAUGCGUAUCAUAUCCUCUGCCAACAUUCCGCCCCAACAGGAGGAUUGGGGGAAAGAGAAGCGAGAAGUUGUUACAGAUAUGCUGUCUCGGAGAUUACCGGUAGAGCUUCAGGAAAUGGUGGGCGAGGAUAUUCUUUAUCCAUCCAUCAGUCUGGAAGAGGCGAAAGGGUACAGAAAGGAGCUCAUGCAAGAGAGGAGUGCGACGACCAGUGAGCAGAACCAGAAAUUUGAAACUGGUGAAUUUUCGCUUUGUGAGCAUUAA